AUGCUCGCCUUUUCCUUAGUGGUUGCUGGUCUGCUGGUUCUAAGCCAGGCUGUGUGGCUGGGGGGUGUCAACAUUGCUGGAUGCGACAUUGGUAUGGACACGAUUGGCAACUAUGAACCGGAWGCAGCCUUCGACGGCCAGUAUCAAUGCCCGAGCUUGGCUUUGGCAGUCAGUCAAAUGCAGCACUUUACAGACAAAAACGGAUUCAACGUUUUCCGUCUUCCCGUCCCAUGGCAAAGACUGGUGAACAACGAUCUUGAGACGAACGAGCUUGAUGAGGAUUACAUGAGCGACUACAACGCUCUUCUCCAGGCUUGCUUGGAUACUGGAUCUUAUUGCAUCAUCGACAUCCACAACUAUGCACGCUGGUGGGGCGGGAUUGUCGGCCAAGACGGACCCAGUGCGAACGACCUUGCCAAAACGUGGUCUCAACUCGCUUCACGCUGGGCUUCUGAAUCACGCAUCAUGUUCGGGACAAUGAAUGAGCCUCACGAUACCAAUGGCACUAGUGAUUUCGACAUGGAUACAUGGGCCAACACCCUUCAGACCGUGGUCUACGCUAUCCGUGACGCUGGUGCGACUAGCCAGAUGAUUCUCCUCCAGCCAUCCAAUUGGGCCAACGCCAUGACCUUUCCCGACCGCGCCGAUGCCUUGCUUAAAGUCGUCAACCGGGAUGGAAGUACCACCAAUAUCAUCUUUGAGCUGCACCAGUACUUUGACAAGGUAGGUGGUGUCACUGACGGAUGCAAUGACGACCUGACCGCGGGAUUCAAAGAGCUCGCAGAUUUUCUGAGAGGGAUUAAACGGCAGGCAUUUAUUGGCGAGCUUGGUGGUGGGAACGGUCAGGAUUGUAUUGAUAUCAUAUGUCCAGUCCUGGACACACUGAACAGUGCUGGAGAUGUGUUCAUUGGGUGGACUAGCUGGGCUGCUGGGAACUGGUGGCCGGAGUAUGAGCUGAGCCAAGUCCCGAAUGGUGAUGAGGAUGUGGGCAUUGUGGAGAGUUGUUUCGCUCCGAAGUUUGCUCCUUAUAGAGAAUGA